AUGGUUUACGACUGUCAAAUGUGGACAAAAGCUGAACAGAAACAGCUGUUCUGUUGUUCAUUGAUUGUGAGAGUGAGAGAAGGAGAGAAAAUUCGUUGCCGGUCCUCAUCAUACAAUGGAGAUGCUUCCAAGAACUCGUUGGAGGAUAAUACCUCACGAUGUAACAACAUUCUCACUGGUUCCACCUUCUUCUUCUGGUCACUGACGGCGUGGGAGAAGCUCCUGAGUUCGUUAAGCCGUUUCAUCUUAUCUUUCUUCUGCUUCUUCUUGUGGAAUGAGAGGAAGAACAAAGCCACCACUUUGGUGACCUUGUUCCCUGAAGCGUUUGAUGAAGAGGAAGAAGCUUUCUUGAGUUUCAAAUGCCGGUUAUGGCGCCGAGGACAGCUCUUGCUGAUUCUUAUUAGGAGUUUCCUACAUGGUCGCAUAAUCUUGUGGUUUAAGUGUUAG